UGAUCAGAAGCACUGAUCAUCGAAGAAUAAAUUUUUCAAAUAUAACUCAUGUUUUAAUUAAUUCUAUUUCAAUAUGAUCAAAGUUUUUAUCACUUUAGUUCUUUGUUCUUGUCUGAAGGAAAAACUCUGGCCCACAACGAAUAAUGCAUCUGUUGAUAGUAUUUCUACAUCAAGAAUACCUUGCAGUCAUGAUUCUAAACCAGUAACAUCUCCCAUUGACAAUACUACAACAUCUCAACAAGCUGACAACAUUACAUUAACAUCAUUACUAUUUGAUGAAAUUCCGUCCACAACAUCAUUGCCUGUAAGGAAUAUUACAUCAACGGUAUCAUUUCCUGUUGUCAAUAUUACUUCAACACCAACAGCAUCUAUUUAUAAUAUAACACGAUUAAGCCCGGAAGUCGUUGAUCAUACUCCUUUUACAACAACAGAACUUGCUAAUGAUAUUCCUACAGAAACAGAGUUGGGUUAUAAUGUUACUUCUAUAACACCAUCAUUAAUUGAGACUGUUACAUCGAAAACAACAGAAUUUAUUAAUGAUACUUCUCUAACAAUAACAGAGCUUUCUAAUCAUAUUACCUCAUCAGCGACCGAGUUUUUUAAUAAUAUUACUUCCUCAACAUCACCAUCAGUUGGAAAUACUUCAUCAAUAUCAACAAAAUUUCUUUUAAAAACAACCGAAAUUGUUGAUGAUAUUUAUUCAGGAUUAAAGCUUGCUUUAAAUACUUCUAAAAUAUUAUCAUCAGUUGAAAAUAUUAUAUUGUCAAUAGAUAGACUUGAUGUCAAUAACAGUUCAUCAACAACAGAGCUGGUUAAUGAUACUACAUUAACCACAACAAUCUUGCUUGUUAAUAAUAUUCCUGUAACUACAUCAUCACCUCUCGAUUUUUCAUCAUCAACAGAAGAAUUUAUUAAUAAUGUGACAUUACCUAGAGGAGAAACUUUCAAUACUUCUACAUUAAUGAUGGAAUCUGUUUAUAAUAUAAAAUCAACAACUGAAUCAGUUAAUAAUAUUACAUCAAUUACCUCAUCGCUACCGAGUUUUACAUCAUCAACAGAAGAAAUAAUUGAUAGUACUACAUUAAGUACAGUGAAAAAUUUUGAUAACAUUCAACCAACAGAAUCAACGGUUGUUGAUGAUUCUGUAAUAUCAUCAUUACUGCCUAUUGAUAAGAUUAUAUCAUCAAAAUUAUCCCAUGAACAUUCCAACUUGUUUGCAACAUUAUCAUCUAUUUCCAAUACUCCAUUAACAUCACCACCAUCACCAAAAAAUACGAUGAAAGAGCUCAAAGUCUAUUGGAACGUACCAACGUUUGUUUGCCAUAGACAUGGUAUAAAAUUUGAAGAUAUUUCACAAUUUGGUAUUAUUCAGAAUGUUAAUGAUUCUUGGCGAGGACUUGAUGUGGCUAUACUUUAUGAUCCAGGACUAUUUCCAGCAUUAAUAAAAUUAUCUAAUGGUUCGACAAUAAUUCGAAACGGUGGAGUGCCUCAAAAAGGAAAUCUUCAGGAACAUUUGAAAGCAUUUAAAAAAGAGAUAGAUUUACAAAUAGAUCAGAAUUUCUCUGGAGUUGGAAUUAUUGACUUUGAACAUUGGCGACCAAUCUUUCGUCUGAAUUGGGCAUCUUUAGAUCCAUAUCGAAAAUACUCUUAUGAAAUAGAAACAGAAGAACAUCCAGAAUUGACUCCAGAAGAAAUAAAAAAAUUAGCUGCAGAGAAUUUUGAGAAACAUGCUCGGGCUUUCAUGGAAGAGACUAUUAAAAUGGCCAAAGCUCUUCGUCCAAAAGCUUCUUGGACUUACUAUGGAUUCCCUUGGUGUAACAAUUUAACUCGUAAAUACAAGGGUACUCAAUGUCAUCCAAUGCUACUUGAAAAUAAUGACGACAUUCAAUGGCUUUGGGACCAAGAACAUGUUUUGGCACCUUCUAUUUAUAUACCCAUAAAUUUAAAUAGAGAACAAAGGAUAGGAUUGAUCAAUGGACGAUUGACUGAAGCUCACAGGAUAGCAAGAAAAACAAAUUCUCAACCAAAAAUCCUUCCUUAUUUUUGGUUUAAAUAUCGUGAUCGGCAUGAUGUGUUCUUAAGCAAAGAUGAUUUAGUACGAGCGUUCAAAGCAAUGCUAGCCCAAAAUAUUGAUGGUUUCAUUCUUUGGGGUAGUUCAAAUGAUCUCAACACCAAAACAAAGUGUCAACAGGUCCAUGAUUACAUCAAUCGAGUCCUAGGUCCACUGGUGAAGGAUAUAAUCAUUCAAAAACAUGUUUCAGGCAAUGACGUAUUUAAAAAAUGAUUCUAUUUAUCUCUAGUCACUAAAGAUAACAAAUGUUGAUAAUUAUUAUCCUGCAUAGGUAUUUUUAUA